UACCCCAAAAUGCUUUAAAAUCAACGCAAACUGUACAUCCGUUUAUUUGUAUAGACAGUUACAUUACGUUAUACAAAUUUGUAUUAAGAAUGGUGUAACUUUUUUUACAAAGAUGAAUUGAAGAAGUAUAAAAAUCAAAUAUGACAAAUAUUUAUACUGUUUCGAAAAUGACCAAACGAAAAUUCCGUUAUACACAAACAUCUCUGUUGUCAAAUUCGAUUUACUAACGUUAUUUACAAAGAAAUAUGAAUACGAUCCUAUCAGUAACAGUUAAUAAAAUUUAUAUUAUCCGUAAAUAGAAUGUUUCAUAUUCCUAUUAAAUGGAGGUUAUGGAUUACAGAGAAGAACCAUCAGAAAUGGAAGAUGCAGGCGAAGAUCAUUCUGAAGAAUCAGAUAAUAAUGACAAUGUAAACAAUAAUCCAGAUCCUGAAAUUCAAAUAAUAGAGGAAAAAAAAGAUGAACACGAUGAGUCAAAGGUGAAAAGACCAAAGGAAGUAUCUUUAGAUGAAUCUGAAACUGAUUCUGACCAGUCCUGUCCGAUAUGUAUGGAUUUAUGGACCAGUUCAGGAGAUCAUCGUUUAUGUUGUUUGCGUUGCGGACAUUUAUUUGGAUAUAAUUGCAUUCUAAGAUGGUUGCAAAAUUCUUGCACUACCGGAAAUCGUCGUUGUCCUCAAUGUAAUAGAAAAGCUGCUGUAAAAGAUAUUAGAAUGCUGUAUGCCAAGAAAUUAGCAUCAAUAGAUACUGCAGAAUUAGAUAAGCUGAAAGAACAAUUCAACAAUGUUAAAUCAGAAAAAAAUCGUAUAGAAAUGGAACUUUCAAGGUAUACUCUCAGGCAGAAGUUAUUGGAACAACAAAUUAGUAGUAUGAGAAAUCGUAUAACUGAACUCGAGAAUCAACAGUCAGAAAUAAGUGUUCAUUCCUGCCAAAAUAUUUCAAAACAUAUGAUUAAAAAGUUCCAUUUGGAUCGAUCUAUAGAAAUAUGUAAAGAUGGUGGUUGUCGCGUGUUAGAUUAUAAUCCAUCGCUUGGAAUCCUGGUUGCAUCCCAGAAAUCAUCAAGCACAUUAUUCUCGGGUUACGGUAUUAAAAAGAUUGACACAGAAAAGUUUCAACCACGUCAAUUUAUCUUUCUUCAUUCGCAAGCUAUAAGGGAUGUUACAUUCAAUACUAACCAGCAGUCGUUGUUACUUAGCGUUGGUUUCGAUAAAUGUGCAAAAUUGAUGGACAUUCAAAAUCAUGUCACCAUGCACACUUUUCAAGAAGAUUCUCCAUUGUGGAGUUGCUGCUGGUCAGGCGACAAUCCAAAUAUAUUUUUUGUAGGUGCCCAGAAUGGAUCUAUAACACAAUAUGAUAUUAGACAAACUUCUAGUGCUGUUGAAAGUUUGGAUAGUCCAGGUGAUAGAUCACCAGUGGUUUCUUUAGCAACAGUACCUGCUAAUCCUGGCAGUGGUAUCAGUCGAGGGGGUUUCAUUGCAUGUCGUUUAAAUACUUGUUACGCUUACGAACAAAAAGAAUCAAAAUAUAUUCCCAAACAGAUAUUUCUUGAAGGUCCUUUCGUAUCUGUAUGUUACGACGAAAAAAACAAUCAUACUUUAAUAUCUUCUCGGCCGAAUGCCAGACAACCUCAUGCUAGGCACGUAGUGUGUACAAUAGAAAAAGGCAGCGAUGAAUCAACUAUCUGUAAUGUAGUACACACGUUUCAUGCUGGUAGCUCUCAGCAACUAUUGUCUCGACCCUGUUAUAUAAACGUUGAGAACGAUACAUUAGUUGCUGCACAUCAAGAAUCUAGUAGUAGUAUAUCUUUGUGGAGUACAUCUAGUGGAAAACAAGUAAAUAGUCUCCCGGUAUCUGAUCCUGUAGUAGAUAUGUGUGCAGUCGAAAUUAGUAAUACUUUAUUUUUAGCAACUCUCUCUACGAAAAAAGUGAGGAUUUAUAGCCAUGGAUAAUUUUCAUUGUUAUAGAAAUAACAUAAUGAUUUAAUAACUUCUGACAUUUGUAACAUUUUUUUCGUGUUUAAAGCAUUUUUUUUACAUGUACAUCACAAAUUUACAGUCUAACAGAUAGAUGAUAUAACUGCCAUUACUGCAUUUUUGUUUUCUUUUACCAUAAGUUUGAACAGUAUUCCUUUGCAUAAAAUUAUGUGAUAAAAACAUAUGUAAAUAACAUAACAUAAAAAUUUACUAUUACUAUUGACAAUGUAGACAUUUUUCAUAUGCAUAACUAUGAAGAAAUAUUAAAAAUAAAUCCUAGAGUUAUCAUUAUACAAUUAAAUAUACAUAUUUUUAUUACUAUGCAAUACAUGCAAUAAAUAUUUAUUACAACAUAUAUUAUAUUUUUCUAAUAAUUUAAAAGUGUUUCAAUUAUUAUCCUAAACACUAUUUCAAAAUAAAAUAGUAAUAAUAAAGAUAAAUGUAUAUUGAUAAUCGUUAAGCGAGAUGAUUUAUAAGAUAUGAGACUUAUUGAAAGUAGGAGCAUCAAUUAGCAUAUUAAUUAUGCAUCAUAAAAAGGUUAUUUUUGUAUAAGUAUUUUCAAUACUCUUCUUGAAAAAUGUAAUUUAUUAAUAUUUUUGAAAUAUUAAAUUACAUUUAGAAUUUUCAUGGAAGUUGUAACCAAUUGCUUUCAUAAAUUAACCCAUAUGUUCCUAAUAUGUAAAAUCCACGAAUCUAAAUCAAAUAAACCAAACAGUAUUUAUAAUCUAUUAGUACACCUCUAACACAGCCUCCACAUAAAUUACUAGAAAAUGUAAACGGAAGUUUGAAAAAUCCUAUUUCAGCACUGUCGAAGAAGAUAGAGUAUUGCUUAAAUUGUAUUAAAAAAAA